GUGUGACCAUUUGUCGUUGUUUUUAGUUGAAAGUGCAUAAAAGAAGUUCAUCGUAAACUCAUAAGGCAAUACAUACGUUGUAAAAUAACUAAUUACUAAACGAAAUAUAUACUAAUGUCUGCAUACAGAACGUUAAAAAAGAAAUGCAGAUAUGAAAUAAAAUAAGCUGUAUAUGUAUGCAGUUUGCUGUAUUUAUGUUGGAUCGGAGCUCAUUGUUAUCAACGAUCCCAAGAUCCAGAGUCAGCGUGGCGGGUGAUUAACAGAUAAAAAGUAGGCCGAUACGGAUUGGACAGACGUGAAGAGUGGAGUGGAGUGGUGGCUACUUGUUGCCGUGCGGAUCCUAAAAAGUACUCAAAAUUGAUAGAAAGAACAGAAAGGCUGCUGCAACUGGUGCCUCAGCCGGGGACCAGCCGCCGCGCAAAAAGGGACGUCGCUCAGGUGGAUCAAAUUCAGUUUCUGCUGUAGACUCAAACGCAGCGUCUACGUCUAGAGCAGCGCAACAGCAACAGCAACAGCUACAGAGCAACAGAAGUGAAUCACGACAAAGCAAAAGCAAUACGGACGCAAGUAGACUGCAAUCAAAUUCCACAACGUCCCCAACGGACACCUCCAAUACACACAACUGCAACAGCAAUAGCAAUACUAACAGCAACAACAACAUAAACGACAACAACAACGAUUCUGGCAUGAAUAUGCAGAAUACGACAGCGUUGUCGCCCUCCACAACACAAGGAGUUGCCGGCGGCACCUCAGAAGGUUCUAGCACCGCUGUGGAGCUGCCCGUAGGCAGCGACAAUGUCACCAACGACACUGGUGCCGGGGGCGAUGGGGCAGCCGAUGAAAUUGCCCAACCCUCGAGCGGCCAUAGCAAUAAUACGACAAACGGCCAUGAUGUAAAGCACAAUGGUUUCGCAGCAAAUAACAAUGGCAGCAAUAAUGUUUGUGCAGUGGACGGUGAAAACAAUCGAGAGAAUAAUAGCGGAUACAGUGGCAUUCAUUUGGACAAGUCAAAUCAAGAGAUUAUACGCCUCAUUGGCCAAUAUCUGCACGACGUUGGUCUCGAGAAGUCGGUAAAGACUUUAAUGGUGGAAUCCAACUGUUACUUGGAGCAUCCGUCGGCCACAAAGUUCAGGGAACAUGUUCUUGUGGGUGACUGGAAUAAAGCAGACGCUGAUCUAAAGGACUUGGAGCCAUUGAUUGAUAAUGGCAAAUCAUCAACAAUAAUAACGGAAAUGAAAUUCAUUUUGCUAGAGCAGAAAUACUUGGAGCAUUUGGAUGAUGGCAAUCCGUUGGAUGCAUUGCACGUGCUGCGCAGCGAACUGACGCCACUGCAGCACAACAUUUCGCGUGUGCAUCAAUUAUCCUCUUAUAUGAUGUGUUCGACCAAUCAUGACCUCUACCAGCGCGCCAAAUGGGAGGGCAAGGGCAUAACAUCGCGUGCACUUGUGAUGGAACGUUUGCAGACAUUUAUGCCGCCAUCGGUGAUGAUGUCGCCGCGUCGCCUGCGCACGUUGCUUCAGCAGGCGGUAGAGCUGCAGAGCCAAGACUGCCCUUUUCACGAUAUGGCUUGGGAGACAAACCUGCAGACGGUGUCGCUGCUAACAGAUCAUUGUUGCACCACAGAUGGCUUUCCCAUGCAGACAAUACAAGUACUGACCGAUCAUUGUGACGAGGUCUGGUUCUGUAAGUUCUCGCCUGAUGGCCUUAAGUUGGCAACGGGCAGCAAAGACUCCACUGUGAUCAUCUGGGAUGUAGAUCCAUACAAACUGACGCUCAAAAAUCGUCGUGUGCUCGACGGUCAGGCGCAGUUGAACGUUAGCUUCGUCAGCUGGAGUCCGGACUCAAAGCUUAUUCUAGUGGGCGGUACCGAGGACUCGCACGAGCUUUUUAUCUGGAAUGUAGACGAUGGCAAGUUGGUUGUGAAGUUCUCGCAAUCCCUCGACGAUAGCCUGGCCUGUGGCACAUUCAGCCGUGAUGGCAAUCAUUUUGUCUGCGGUGGCCAAAAAGGCCAACUAUAUCUGUGCGAUCUGAACGGCACAUUAAUCGACUCAUGGGAGGGAGUACGUGUAAAUAGCGUCGCCUUUCGUGCAGAUAACAAAACUAUAUUGGCAGCCGAUAAUCAUUAUCGCAUAAGAGGCUAUAAUUUCGAUAACCCACGCUCGGACUUUGAUAUACUGCGAGAGCCGCAUCCAAUUAUGACAUUUAGCAUCAAUUCGGCCGAUCGCUUGGCUUUGUUGAAUGUGUCCAAUCAGGGCUUGCAUCUAUGGGAUAUCGAGGAUAAGUGUCUGGUGCGUCGUUUUCAGGGCAUACGACAAAGCAACUUUGCUAUUCACUCCUGCUUUGGCGGGGUAAACGAGAGCUUUGUAGCGAGCGGUAGCGAGGAUAAGGUUGUGUAUAUUUGGCAUCUCAAGCGUGAGGAGCCAUUGGCCAAGCUGAUCGGUCACACCAAGACGGUUAACUGCGUGUCCUGGAAUCCAGUCUAUCCGUCCUUACUGGCCAGCGCUAGCGACGAUGCCACCGUUCGUAUUUGGGGCCCUAAACCGACGGGCAGCAAUGCAACGACAGAGAGUGACGAUUGCUCAUCCAGUUCAUCGUCGUCCUCGUGGAACAUGACCUAAACCCGCAAUUUGCUUAACGAGUUAUUUAUGUGGUGUCUGCGCAGUAGAGGUUUGCAAUAUGAAAAUGGGGUUUAUUAGUCAAAAGAAAAAAGUCAGAAUCUAUAGCUAUAAACGAAUACUUGUUAAUUCUAAACUAUAUGCAAUCGAUUUUUUACCACAAUCAACUUUCAAUCAUAAUAUCCAGCUUAAGUUUCGUCCGUUUCGAUUAGUCUUUAGAUAUUUUCCUAUGUUUGUGUGUGUUCAAAUCCUCUAAUGCGUAAGUCUACAUAAAUAGGUACGUGAUUACUCUGAAUUAGUCGUAAGUAAACUCCCAAUGUCGAUCUAAAUGUGGUGCGCAUAUCCCAGCAAUCAGCAACCAGCAGCAAGUUGCAAUUUGUUUGCCGGGACGGCGACAAACACAAGACUGCCAUUACAAAAAACAAUGUGGAUGAGCAGCAUGACUUACAAUUAGCAUUAAAGUUAUAUAAGGUACAUUGACAUUGUCUCACACAUAAUCGGACACAAACACAAACGCCUAGACGCGCGUAUGUAUGGAUACUGUUUAAAGCUUUUCGAGAAACAAUAGUAUUUUUUUUUAAAACUUAUUACUCAUAUGUAUGUAUAUUUAUUUACAUGCUUAUGUAUUGUGUAUUGGCUUUUAAUUAUUAUCAACUUUCAAAAUGUGCCGAACCAUUUUGUUUAACAUUUGCCAUUUUAACUACUUUGUCAACUUCGAUUCGCAUUGCGUUCGGUUAAAAUAUAUCAAUCAGACUGAAUACGUUCAGUAAUAUUUCAUAUUUUAACUGAAUAUGGAGGCAAGCGGGCUUUUAAUACACUUUUAAUUGUUAAUUACUUAUUGAUUUAGGGCUGUAGUCGCAUCUCACGUUAAACAGACUUUAGUUUCGACAUUAACUGAUGUUUGUUGUUAACAAAGUUUAACCAAAUUACUGAUAUAACGAAAACCCCAAUUUUAUUUUAUAAUCAAUACAUGCAAUAAUGAUAGCGCUAUUUACAUACAUAU